AUUGAGAUCACAAUAGCGUCGCAGUAGCACGCAGCCUCGCCAUUUUCGGACCUUAUAGUGCGCCACCGUCUAUUAACAGUGCUUCUGUUUAUCGAGUGAUUUAUCAAAUCGCUUUUUAAUUUAGCUGCAAAAAAAUGCAAGGACACAGAGGCCCACAGCAGAACCACGGCCCCAACCGCCCGGGAGACCUGAAAAAACCCGGGGGAACAAACAGCAACGGCCAGCAGCCUGAGCCCAGCGAACAGACCAGCCCCAAUGAGGCCUUAACCCUGGACCUGCAGAGCUUUAGGAAGCCCGGGGAGAAAACCUUCACGCAGCGCAGCCGGUUGUUCGUAGGAAACCUACCAACCGGAGUUACCGAGGAGGAUAUCGAGAGGCUGUUCGCGAAGUACGGAAAGGCCAGCGAGAUCUUUGUGAACAAGGAAAGAGGCUUCGGCUUUAUCCGGCUCGAGACUAGGAUUAUAUCAGAGAUCGCGAGAGCCGAGCUGGACGAUACUCCAUUCAGAGGCAGGGCCAUCCGGGUGAGGUUUGCAACACACGGUGCUGCUUUAUCAGUUAAGAAUUUGCCAGAGUUUGUGUCCAACGAGCUGCUGGAGGAGGCCUUUGCCUCCUUUGGUCAGAUAGAAAGAGCUGUAGUCAUAGUGGAUGACCGAGGAAGGCCCACAGGGAAGGGAAUAGUGGAGUUCACCUCAAAGCCAGCUGCAAGAAAAGCACUGGAUAAGUGCAAUGAUGGUGCCUAUCUUCUCACAGCUUUCCCCCGGCCUAUUACAGUGGAACCUAUGGAACAGUUUGAUGAAGAGGAGGGGUUAUCAGAAAAGGUCAUAAACAAAAACCAGCAGUAUCACAAAGAGCGUGAGCAGCCACCUCGUUUUGCUCAACCAGGCUCCUUUGAGUAUGAGUAUGCCAUGCGCUGGAAGGCCCUGAUGGAGAUGGAGAAGCAGCAGUAUGAAAUGGUGGACCGCAACAUGAAAGAGGCUCAGGAGAAGCUGGAGGCAGAGAUGGAGGCAGCCAGGCAUGAGCAUCAGGUGAUGCUGAUGAGGCAGGACCUGCUGAGGCGGCAGGAGGAGCUGCGGAGGAUGGAGGAGCUCCACAGUCAGGAGGUGCAGAAGAGGAAACAGGCUGAGCUUCGGCAAGAGGAGGAACGCCGAAGGAGAGAGGAGGAGAUGAGGAUUCGCAAUGAGGAGAUGAUGAAGAGGCAGCAGGAGGGCUUCAGAGGUAACUUCUCUGAAAACAGAGAGCAAGACAUAAGGAUGCAUAUGGGCGGCCACGGGAUGCCCAUGAACAGGAACUCUCUGGGCGGCACCUCUGGUAAUGCUGGUACCACAGGCAUGACUGCUGAGAAUACUCCAAUCAUGCCAGGGCCAGGAAACAACAAUAUGCCUGGAGGAGGCCAGGGUGGUUUCCCCAGGGGCCUCGCUGGGCCUGGAGACUAUGGACCCAAUAAACAACGUAGAUUUUAAAUCAUUUCCUUGUUGCAACUUUAGUGUAUUCAUGAAUAUUUUUUUUCAUUUUCAUACUCGCUGUUCUUUAAAGUUCAGGUAGUGAAGAUUACUUUUGAACAUUGCAAAAAAAACUGUUGCAUGUAUUUCUUUUUUACCUUUUAUUUGUACUUUAGAAUUCAGUUUUAGUACUCACAUGUCAGAAUUCUCCAGAUGAGCCAUGUGUUUAUAGUUUAUUUCUCACAUUAAUGUAUUUUUCAUAGGGAUAGAAAGUGUUUUGUCCUCGAUAUAUUAACUUUUCUGGAAUAAAUUCAUGAUUCUCUUUAAGAAAUUUGCUUUUUCCAGCAAAGAGACACAUGAUUUCUAAAUGUUUUUCAGUGAAGUGUGGCGCCAGAUGUUUCACCACCUCAGCACGCUCAUUUUUAUUCAUUAAAGCCAUCUAGCUAUCUACACGAUGGUUUGAAAGGAGGCCUGUCUCACUCUGCUGUGGUUCAGUGCUUAAUUGCUGCUGUGGGUGGGGUUCCUGGCAUUUAUUGGACUAUUGAUUCAAUUAAUACUGUUGCUGUUGAAUCAGUCAGUCCUGAUUUCUAAGACAGCAUGUAAUGUCAUAACAUGAUCUUUGUGGUUUCAGCGGAAUAUGGGGUGAAAAGUCAUUAAUGAAAUUUAUGGUUCACUAUUGAUUCUGUUACUGAUACUGUGAUACAUUUGUAAGCAAGAGGUUUCCUCAUGCUUUAAUGAAGUUUCAUAGCAGGAAAAGCACAGGUCUAAUUUUAAUGCAUCAUUUAUGGCUAACUGGCACCUGAUGGCACUGAGCCAUAACCCAUGUUAUUAAUUACACCUGUAUUAUCCCUGUCAUGGUGGCAUAAAGUAUGUGUUGUUGAAAAGGCCUGUGAUGCUUCCUGGUUUUUAUUGUCCACUGACUCCCUGCCAAACUAAACAAAUAU